GCCCUGUCGGCUGUCGCCCACCCGAAAACAAAAGAAAAAUAAAAAAAGAAAAACUUCCGCUCAAAUUUUUUCCUCGGCCCUGCCUCCGCCCCCAUCCCUUCCCCUUCCGGCCGAGCGUUGGAAGUUCGGAACCACUCCGGCCGCGCACCACUCGCCACUCGCCAUCGGAAUCCUCCGCGAGGUCGAGCAUCGGAAGUUCAAAACCACCACCCCCCCGCCGCGCGCCGCUCGCCACCGGAACCCCCCGCGACCAUCGGAAGUUUGGAAACCCCUACGAGGCCGCGCACCACUCGCAAUCCGGUUUCGAGUUCCGCCGUUCCGCUGCCGCACGCCCACUUCAUCUGGGAAGCUUAUUCUUGGCGAGCUUAAGAUUAUUGUGGAUCAAAAGAAUUCCAUUGUUUGUAUUUCCUAGCAAUGGGAUCGGAUGGCUCAAAUACAGGAGAGGAGAGGAUGUGGUCGCUCCUUUCGCAGCUCGAUUCGGAGGCUGGGGUCCUUGAUCGGAUCAUCUAUAAGAACAAGAACCAGCACAGGCGCUGCUCUUACUUUCAAUUCCUCCUGAAGGUGAGAAGGGAUUUGAGGCUUGUACAGUUGGCAAACCUGCCGGAGAUCUUGAAUGUAGUCUUUCCCAUCAUAAGUGGCAAGAAACCAGCUCAAAAAGCCCUUCAUCCGAUAAGAGUAAACAGAAAAUGCCCUAAUGUGAAGCAUAACUGCCAGGAGCGACUGUUGGGUGUUGCCCGCAUACUGUCACAGAUGGCUGAACCUAUUAUCAAGGGGGCAACCCAGAUAUCCCUAUUGCUUGCCAAAUCGUUUUUUACAGGAUUUUCCACUAUGGUCUUGGCCUUGCUUGCACGACUUAGAGUGCUCGUCCAACAAAUCUUGCUUGACGUAGUUUCGAUCUUCAACAAGAUCUUGGCUCUUUCCCAGACAAAGCAUUCUGUAAAGAUUGCUGAGGGAGGAAUAGAGGCUUUCCGAGAGUAUUAUCCAUCUCGAGGGGAUGCCCUAUUUUUGGAGUUAGAAUGUGUGUGGGAAGAAGAUAAGUUUGUCUUGAUCGAGAGGACACAAAAUAGCUGUAAAAGGUGCCGAGAUGAGGAUCAAAGUGUGGCUCCUUCUGGAACAUUAAUCCAGUAUGAAACUAUGGCGCAUUUUGGUGAAGUAGAUCGAUCAAUAAUAAAAGGCGACGAGAAGGACAGUUUCGCGGAUGGCGCAAAUAUGACGAGGUUGGUAACUGCUGCUGAGGAUAUCAUCACUGAAAGUGCUGAUUCAAUUCCAACUCCCAAUCCAUCCGAACUUCCACCCCAAAAUAGGAAGAGAGUAGCAUUCAUAUCUGUUGGAAAGUCGGCGCCCUCGCCCGCCGUGCCAAACAAAAAGGCAAAGCUGGACGCAAUCCCGAGCAAUGUUGCUGAAGCCGACGACCCAUUCACCAGUUUACCCUUUCCUGGGAUCAGUAACAACUCCGUCUUUUGAUCAAGCGGUUGCCCACGUGCGCAGGUUCGAACUGUCAGAAUGGCAGUGGAAAAUAACGACAUGCAUCGAUAGCCGUUGUUUCGGACCAAAACUUGAGAAUUUGGAGCAGCAUUACUUCAAGCAAUCCUCAACAAGAGGAUAGUUUUCAGUGAGAGUUCAACCCCUCGCAACUGACAAAUGGGAAGCUCUCCAGUUUUGAUCCUUUUGUAAAAAAUCUGAUUUAUGGGGUUGUAUGUAAUCCUAUCGAUCGAUUAAUUUUAGUAUGCAUACACUUCAAAUGAGACAUAACCGUGUGGUACUUUUGAAGGUGCUGCACUUUGUCCUAUCUAGCCUCUCUGUGGCAAUCAAACCUUCCAUUGAUUAGUUUUUUUUUUCACCCCGCUUGGGGCAUGUGUUGUCUCACUCCUGUAGCUUAGUUCAAUUCUCUAAUGAAUGAACUCGGUUAUAUACUAUCUUUUCCUUAAAAAAAGAAUCAAUCAAUCCUUCA